GCGUCUCCGCUCGCACAGUGCUCGACGUCGAGCAGUCCGCGUACGUUCGCAACAACGUUUCAGCAGCUUAACGCGGCGGCAGCGGCAGCGGCAGCAGCAGAUCGAGCAGCGGAUCGCACGCGACCGCGGCAACGCGCUUCCAUUACGCGCGUGAGACACGGUUCCUGGUUCCGGUAACGUUAUGUCGCACGUUACCCCUCUAUAACGAAGAAGUGCAGCGUGCUGGUUACGCGGCCGCGAUCGACGCGGAAGCGGUGUGAAGAGCGAGCGGUGCCCGGAGCGAGAGAAAGAAAGAGAGAGAGAGAGAGAGAGAGAGAAAGAGAAGGAGAGAGGAAGCGGUACACGACAGUACUGUGUGUUCGAUACGUGAUAAUCUCGAAGAGUUCUUACGCGGUGCCGCGUGCUUCUUCCAAUCUUCGCCCCUUCAUCCCCUUCUUCUCCCUUCCCUUUUUCUCUCCGUCUCUCUCUCUCUCUCUCUUUAUCCAUCCUUCGCACCAAAUUCGUCCGAGCGCGGUCUCCCCUGUUUUUCUUUCCCAUUCCUCUUCGUUUCCGCUCCUUUCUGUCAUUUUGCUCUCUUUAUCUUUCUGUCUUCCGGCCUGGCGUUCUUUCACGGUAUCGUGGUGAAAUGCGCGUGACCGGUCGCGCCUCGGAGCGACGGCGACGACGUGCCUGGCGUCGUUGGUGGUGCACGUUUCCCUGACAAGCACGAGAGACGCGCGACGGCACAUCCCCUGCAGCCCUCGCUACUAUGAUAAUAACGAGAAGCGCGGUGACGGCGGCGGCGACGGUGACGACGACGACGACGGCACGGUGGACGCUCCUCCUGAAGCGAGACACGCACUGCCGAUAUUACGACAACGUUGACGGACAACGGCGAUCAACGACGACGGCCCUGCGUAGCGACGCUGUCUCGGCGAUGUUGUCUCGGGAUCGCGGCCGUCGCGCGUUACACGGGAACGACAGCAGCAACAGCACCGACCGGAUCAGCAGCGUCUCCACAGUAAUCGCGUUGGCGCUGCCGUACUACUAUUAUUACUACUAUCGCUAUUAUUGCAAAUACGUAAUCGCGCUGCUCGUCGACGACGGGGACGAUCUGGUAAUAGCACGAAUCCCAACGAGGCAGAACGACGCGAACGCGGACAAUAGCGAGGCAUUAGUGACAGCGAACAGUGACGAUCACCUUCUCAAUCGCCAGAAUGGACUGCGUUGUUGCGCGUGACCAAGUGCCUCGCUACUACUACUCGCCGAAUCG